UUCCGUCGUGUGGCGAGAGUCAGUUUUAACAUUCUGAAGGAGUUUGUUAUGAGAUUUCUUACAAUACUCCAUACAAUAUAUACAAUAUUGUAUAUAGCCAGUUAUCGAUUGAUACAUCCAUGUUUAGUAUAAGCUCGUAAAUCUCCAGGUUGACAUUUAAAUGCGAUUUUAUGUAGUGGGUACAUCAUGAAGCAGCUGCCUCCAGACACCGUGCGGCUGUUGUCGAGCUCGCAGGUCAUCACUUCAGUGACGAAUGUUGUGAAAGAACUCUUGGAGAAUUCACUUGAUGCUGGGGCUUCAACCAUUGACGUAAAACUGGACAACUAUGGCUUGGACCGAAUUGAGAUACGUGACAAUGGCCAUGGAAUCAAAGCUGCAGAUGCCGCUGUGAUGGCUGUUAAACAUUUUACUUCCAAGAUACAGAGCCAUGAAGACCUGGAGCACCUUGAGACAUAUGGCUUCAGAGGAGAGGCGCUCGGGUCCAUUUGUGCUGUGGCAGAGGUGACCAUCACCACGAAGACGGAGGAUGAUCACAUCAGCACCCAGUACAUGCUUAACUUCCAAGGGCACAUCAUUUCUCAGAAGCCAAGUCAUAUCGGCCAAGGUACAACAGUCUGUGCACUGAAACUUUUCAAGAAUCUUCCUGUGAGACGACAAUACUACUCAUCUGCUAAAAGGUGCAAGGAUGAACUGAAGAAAGUGCAGGAUCUGAUGAUGGCCUACGCCAUUAUAAAACCUGGCUUAAGACUCACGCUUACACAUAACAAGGUGGUGCUUUGGCAGAAGGCCAAAGUGGCUGAUCACAGAAGUGCCCUCCUUGCGGCACUGGGGUCUAGUGCAGUAGUCAACCUACUCCCCUGUCACCAUCGCCAAGAGGAACCAGAGAUAUUUUUAGAUGGCUUUUUUCCUAAGCCAGGAGCUGAGUACUCUUCUACAAGCACUUCCGUUCCAGGUAAAACAUUUGUAUAUGUCAACAACCGGCCUGUCCACCAAAAAGACAUACUUAAGAUGUUACGUCAACACUAUACUGCGCAGUAUGCGGAAGAGUCAGCACAAAGUCGAUACCCAAUACUAAUGCUUAAAAUCACAGUUUCACCCUCUUCAGUGGAUAUCAAUCUGACACCUGAUAAGACCCAGGUUCUUCUCCAUGACAAGGAGGCCUUGCUCACUACAUUAGAAGCUCUGCUAGUUUCUCUCUAUCAUUCUGGUCGGGACUCUCCAAAGGAACAGCACAGCUUUGAAACAUCUCUUUCACCGACGCGGCAGACUGGCACUGUACAAGUGAAUUAUGAGAUAAUGAGAGAGACAAAUGCAGCACAGGACGUUGUUCCAACUGCCACAUGUAAGAAUUUCAAAGAUCCACUCAAGCAGUGCGACACUGCAGUGAAUGACAACCCUUCACCAGACGGACAGACCUCUAGCUGCAGCUCUUCGUCUUUGGUAGAAGAGGACUGGAUUGUCAACCAAAUUCCUGGUGGACUCGAGUCUAACUUCUCACUUAGUUGUGACGAAACCGUAUAUUUUCCAGGUGAAUUACCGGAAAGAUGUGAGGACAAUCCAGUAUUAGGUGCAGACUCAAGCAAACCCCAUGUAUCAGCUGAGGACUGGUGCAGGGGCACAGCUUUAACAGACCCGGUCUCACGAGAACCCCUACAACCCGUUAAAAUUCAUCUACCCGUGAUGCCAAGUCACUCUGACGUAGAUGAGAUCAAGGCUCAGAGCAGCUCUAACAAAAAGAUGGCCAAUGUCAUAACAGAUAAGCGGACCGCUCUGACAGCUUUUGACCUGAUCAGGAACCGUACAAUGAGAGCGCCGCUGUCACCUCUUACCCUUUUUAAGAAGGAGGCCCGAGUCGAGGUUCUCAGGGAGAAACCUACUGCCAGCCUGCAAGAGAUUAGCAUCGCUGUUAAUGAGAGAUGGAAACACUUGUCCGAGCAAGACCUUAAAAAGUAUGAGGAGGAAGCACAAAAACGCCUAGAAAACCACAAGCGAACUUGCACAACUAAACUGGCAAACAGUGAAGGCCUGAAAGAGCGGAAGGGCCACAAACGCAAGGCUCCACUUUCAAACCAACAGCUGCUAGACGAGCUCUUUUCUGCACAGCCCCAAAAGAAGCAGAGGAGCCCAACACUGAAGCCCUCACGGCCCUUCCACUUUUGCAUGUCAAGCCUUAAGUUGCAGCUUCAGCGCCUUUCAUCCCAGAUUGGAGCAGCACCACAGGGCCUCCGUCUUAUAAACCAGCUGGCCUCUCAGAGUGCCUGGGUCAUUUUAUGUGGUCAGAGGCUCAUGUUGUUAAACCCAUUUCGGGUGCAGGAGACAUUGCUGUUUAAGAGACUCCUACAGAAUAAUAUACUUCCAGCAGUCACUCUACAGAACCCUAUACAUGUGACAGAAGGAAGUUUAGGGGGAACGGAAUAUAUAGAGGCUUUAUGCAACAUGGAGAAACAAAACCCAGAUCUGAAUGGUGGGAUGUUCAUCUCUGACCAAAGACUUGUGGCCAAUGGGUUUAAAAUCAGACUUACUCCAGGCGUCAUGUCACCUGAGAGACAUCUGGAAGUGACAGCACUGGCAGACUGCGUACCUUUCCUCGGUAUAGAGGACCUCAGGGAGAUCAUGACUGCAGUGCAUCACAGGAAGGCCAAGUCUGUGCAGGAGUGCCGGCCACUGAAAGUUUCCAACUACCUACAAAGUGAAGCCGUUCGACUUGCCCGACAGAUGCCUGCACAUUUGUCAAGGGAGGAUGUGGAGGACAUCCUUAGACGGAUGGAAGAGCAACUUGGUGAGAACAGCCACAUCUGUUUCCAUGGAAGGCCAUUUCUACAACUCCUGUCUGAAAUCCCUCAUACUGACCAGGAGACUAAGGCACUGCUUAAACCUUUGGGACUAUAAAAGUGAUGACUAUCAAAACAACUACAGUGGAACCUCGGUUAGCGUUUUUUUUUUUUAACAUCGAAAAUUUACAGGCAAAUUUUGCCUCGAGUUGACGUACAUUUCCCAGUUAGCGUACAAUAUGGCGCUUGUCUUGUCUCGAUAUUAAAACAUUGCGUGAGUCCAACUAUGUUUGUAAUAUGUUUUUUUUUCCCCACAAAACGUUCCUUCUAGCAUGUUCCUGCUAGCAUGGAAACCAGACCUCGAAGUCACUGUCACACAUCUCCGUCGCCUUUGUAGUUCUUUGUUAACUAACGCAAUUAUGCCACAAGGCUCUGCUUUUCUUUUGAUCCCGGCUUCCAAAUAACCCACAGUGGAGCCUAAAGAAAGUUGUAAGUUCCAGCAUUUUGGUAAAGAAGGUGAGAAACACAACGGAAACAUAGGCUUCUUGAGACGUCAUCUGUACUUCUGUGAAGAAGGUGUCGGACGUUUCGCUCCUCAUCCGAAGAGCUUCGUCAUUUAAACAAAUAUACCAGGAAUCACCUCUGGAAAAAAAAAAUGUAGACAAAACUUCUAACAGCGACUGGACUGCAAAAUAUGCAAUAUAUCCAUUUACCGGAAAUGCAAUGCAGAAGCCAAUGUGUUUACUUUGGAACGAUGUACACACUGUUUCAAAGGAAUAUAACCUGUGGAGGCUCUUUUCAGACGAAACAUUGCAACUUUGAAGCAGUCCAUCCCCCCGAUUAUUGGCGGGUGGGGCAGUUCGGGACUUUAGUGACUUGCUACAGUACAGGUAAUAUGAAUCUGUUAACACUGACAAA